GGUAUGGCAUCUUCCAUGUCGGCGAUGCUUAAUCGAGCGGAGUCCGACUUCAUGUGAACGCCUACAUUUUUAUAUAUUUGUAAUGGCAAUGGAGCAUAGAUGAAGUGUUUGUCUUUGUCUCUGCUACACCGGUCCCUGAGUCUUUGAUUUUUUCGAAAUUUUCAUUGUCACCACGCGAUUUCCGCUCCUGCGUCGGCGUUGCGGUGCCGAUAACUGCUCUGGAACCAAGACUUCGAGACGAGGUCAUAUGUCAGCGAACAUGAGUAUCGAACAGAACCAUUCAGGCUCGUCCACCGUGACAGUCGAUCCCAUAGAGCUCCAGACGAUAUCUGCACAAGAGAAACUCCCUCAGCAGCAAAAGUCAUUCCUAGUACGACACGGUCUCAACCGCAUCCGACCAACCUCCUCCAAGCCCACAAGCGAUGGCAACUCCUCCGAUCGUAAUGAAAGCUUGCCGUCUCCAACCACGGCAGUCGAGCAUACGGAAACAUGGAAGAGCCCAGCGAUUAACAUGUACCGAGUUCCGUCGACCUUUUGGGCAUUUGCCCUCAUGGGUAUGAACGACGCAACCUAUGGUGCUAUCAUCUACUACCUUGUGGAUUACUACGGACUGAGCUACACGAUUAUAUCGCUCGUAUUCCUCUCACCAUUUGUGGGUUACAAUCUUUCCGCUGUCCUGAACAACAUGAUUCAUAUGAAGUUCGGCCGUCGAGGGGUGGCCAUCAUGGGGCCACUGUGUCAUAUUCUCGCCUAUAUCAUAAUCGUUCUUCAUCCGCCAUUCCCGGUCUUGGUGUUGGCAUAUUGUUUGUCAGGUUUUGGAAACGGCUUGCUGGACGCAGCGUUCAAUGCCUGGAUAGGCGUCAUGGCAAAUGCGAAUGAAAUGUUGGGGUUCUUGCACGGCUUCUACGGUCUUGGAGCAACCAUCGCGCCACUCAUAGCUACAACUAUGAUCACAAAGGCCGAGCUGCCCUGGUUUUACUGGUAUUAUGUAAUGCUUGGUGGAGCGGUGGUCGAGCUCGGAAUCUGCGUCCACGCCUUUUGGUCUGACAGCGGUGCUCGGUAUCGCGAGGACAACCCACGAACGUCAGACGAGAACGGGUCGCGAUUCAAGGAAGCACUUACCAAGGCCCCCUUUGCUCGCGUGACGUGGUUGGCGGCCAUCUUCCUGCUAGGCUAUGUCGGCAUCGAAGUUGCCCUUGGUGGAUGGGUGGUCACUUUCAUGAUCGACAUUCGAGGCGGUGCUCCUUUUGCCAGUGGAAUGACGGCUACGGGAUUUUGGCUUGGCAUCACACUCGGCAGAGUCAUCCUGGGUUUCGUCACUCCCAAAAUCGGAGAGAAGCUCGCCAUCUUGAUCUACCUACCGUUGGUCAUGGCCUUCGAGUUAUGCUUCUGGCUGAUUCCACAAUUUUACGUCUCCGCAGUUGCGGUCGCCAUGCAAGGCUUCUUCCUGGGCCCGUUGUUCCCCGCCGCAAUUGUCGCUUGCACGAAGCUCCUUCCCAAACACCUCCACGUUUCGGCGAUCGGGUUCGCAGCAGCUUUUGGAGGUAGUGGAGGCGCCAUUUUCCCCUUCGCAGUCGGAGCGCUCGCUUCAUCUAAGGGUGUUGCUGUGUUGCAGCCCAUUGUGCUGGCGAUGUUGGCAGCCAUCUGGAUUGUCUGGCUGGGACUUCCGAGAAUUGGGAAGAAGUCGGAGUGAAGCGCUACACGCGAAUGGAGUAUCGCGAGGUGGUCUGUGAUGUUUGAGAUGUCCUUUUUAGAUUUACAGCCGCAUGCCUACGACGUCGUGUAGCUACGAAUGAGAUGGUUAACGAACGCAAGCAAAAGAUGAUUCAUCGAGAUCACAUCCCCGC